AAUAAUUAAGUAACUUGUCACCAAGUGCAACAGUGUCGAGACAUAGAGAAAAGACGGUAAGAAAUAAUAUACAUCAGAUUUUGACAAACAAUGUCUGUGAUUACCAUGGCCAGACAUAUCUUUUAAUGUCUCAUACGUGUGUGUCUGUGUCACAUUGUGUCCUCUUGCAGGUGAUUGUGCGUCUUGUCGUCUCUGACCUUGGUGAGUGUGUUCCUGGGAUUCAGCUGUUCACCGCCAUGAAGCGCCGCCUUGUCCUCAACCUCACAAUGAGCUCCGAGUGCGACCGCGGCCGCGGCAGUCGCGGAGAUCUCAGCAGCAAAGAGCGGGGCUGUAACCAUGGCGACGCCACACAAGAUCACAUUCAAAGCCAUGGUAACAUCCGUUGGCAUAUUGCUACGCACUCGCAUCGGCGCACCGAUACCCGUAACCCCCACAGCUCCGAUCAAUCCCGCUCCUGUUUGCACAUCUAUCUUCUCUUGCGCUCCCCUGUCUCCUCCACCGCUGAUCCCUCAUCUGUGCUGCUUUCAAUUGUUCUGCCUCAAACCUCGAUGGAUGAUUGUAUCUGUGACCUGAGCCCGUCUGGAAAUUGGACAUCAGUAGUUUCAGCACGUGAAGAAUUCAGCCUGGAGGUUGUCAGCUGUACCAGCUGCAUGUGGACAAGAGUGGUUUGGACCAUUAGUUCUCAUGACGCCGUCGUGAUAAGCAGGACGACCGAGGACUGUAACAUUAAUGUGUCUCUUCCGAAAGCCGGCCGCUACACUAUCACGGUUCAGACCCACAGCCAAACCAGCUGGGCCUCAUUUCAAGCACAAAUCGUGGUUCAAGAUCCAGUUGGAGAGCUGCCCUCAGACAUCCCCAGCAGGGUCGCAACAAAUCAGAAACACUUGGUUUCAUUUAACGUCACAGCGGGGUCAGACAUGACUGUCUGUCUGCUGGCGAACGAAACAUUAAUGUACAGAAACAGCAGCAGCGCAACAGGAGCAGAGGCAGCAGCGGCGGCUUUGGUUUACAGUCACACUGGGACUGUCAUGAUUAGUCUUCGAGUUCACGAUCAAGCGUCUUCUCAGAAGAGAAAUGCAAGGGUGCGUCUUGAGGGGAAGAGGAAGCUGUCACCACAAGCUAAAAUUAAUCCACCACAGCUAACCCCCACCACUCGAAACCCUACUCAUGAUACUGGUGACAAAGCUGUGAGCAUUUAUGCAGCAAAGCGAGCAUAUCCCACAAAUACAGAUAUAAUCUUGAUGGCUGAGGCCGAUGUACCUGAUCCUGUGGAGUUCCUCUGGCACUUUGGAGACUCCAGAUCAUCCAGAACCUCCUCCAGGGCCAUCACCAAAAGAUACCACAACCCUGGCAGUUACGAUGUGUUUGUAGUCGCGUCUCGUGGACAGACCUCCAUCACGUCUGACGUCUUCCAGCUGGUAAUCCAGAGAGCGGUGAAACUCAACAGGCUGGUCCACCGGGCCUCGGUCCUGCAGAAUCAGACGGUGACGAUAAGCUGCCGUGUGAAUGUCGGGACUAACGUUAGUUUCCUUUGGAGCUUCGGUGACGGAACAACGAGGUCCGGACAGAGCGCAGAGCAACACGUCUUCCACAGGACAGGAGAGUUCAGAGUGGAGGUGAUUGCGUCUAACCUGGUCAGUACGGCUUCUCUGAACAGCCACAUCUUUGUCGUGGACCGUCCCUGCCAGCCUCCACCAGUCAAAAACAUGGGGCCUUUGAAGUUGCAGGUGCGGCGAUACGAGGUCGUCCAUCUCGGGGUGACCUACGAGACAGAAGUUGACUGCGACAUAUCAGGAGGACUCCGCUACUCCUGGACGUUGUCGGACUCCGCAGGCCGGACUUUCCCUUUGCCUCUCACCGAUACAUUCAGACAGAGCCUCAUACUGCAAGGCCAUCUCCUGCAAUAUGACACAUACACCGCCACGGCCAGGGUUGAGGUCGUUGGCAGUGUGGUGUAUAGUAACUACAGCGUGAGAGUUCAGGUGAUACCGAGUCCUCCUGUGGCUUUCAUCCAGGGUGGCAGCAACGUCUUCGUUGACAAGAGAAGCACUGCAACAGUGACCCUGGAUGGAAGGUCAUCGUACGACCCCGACUCCCCCGGGAAAUCGCUCAGCUACAGCUGGACAUGUAAGCCAGUCAGCUCCAUCCCCACGCACUGUUUCGACCAACACGUUCCCACUUCGGCCCCUCUGCUCGAAUUUCCCGUUGAUUUCUUGAAACACAACUUUGACCAGUUCCAGUUCACGCUCACCGUCCACAGCGGAGAGCGUUCAGCCUCGUCAGAGACCUUCCUCACCGUCACAUCAAACCCAGUCAGGAAGGUGUCUGUGACCUGUCCUCAGUGUCAUGGAGACCAUGUGAACUGGGAUCAGACUUUCUCUGUCAGUGCCACAUGUGAAGACUGCGACGUACCUGCAGAACACAUCCGGUACUCCUGGAGUCUCUACCUGGUCAACGCUUCAUCUAAGCCUGUCACAGAGGUCCCAUUUUGUUACACAGUGGAUCUCAGAGCUCUGGCUGCCAUCAUGGAGGAUCCUGUCACACCUGCUCAGACUCCUGCGAUUUCUACCCUUCACCUUCCUGUUGCAAAAGCUUCACAGUACACCCAGGCUGCCUACGGCCCAGCUCCUUCCUACCAUACUGAUAAUGCCUCUGAAACUAAGGCCAAAAAGCAAAAUCUGGAUGUGGCAGACAGUGCUGCGCAGACAAGCAAAAGCAGAAACACAAUGAACAAAACUGGGGGGUCAGAGUCUGAGCCCUCUGACAGUGGUGGUGAACUGUAUUCAGAUUACAACGGCCAGAGUGACAGCGUCAAUGAAUUUCUACCAGAAACCGACUCCUCUGCUGACUGGGAAUCCUCUUUCUCUCUCCUGGAGAGUGGUGGUUUUAGUGGUCGACCAGAUUCCGAUUAUGAUCUCCCCUUUCCAAAUGCAGAGGAAGGGGACCCAGGGAUGUCAGCAGGAAGACCCGCAGGUGUAGAUGGUGAAGACGUCAGUGCAGGAGAUGACUUGGCAUUCAAUCCAGCUUUACACGAAGAUGAGGGGAGUAAUCUGGUGGAUUCCAAGCUGCUGUCUGUGCUGAUCCAGGAGCCAACUUUGCUCGACUUACUCCGAAACCCUGUAGACAGAGGCCUCUUUGAGUCCUACACUUACACAGGAACCUCCUCCUCUUUGCUCAGGUUCAGACCUUUCAGUCUAAGACCAAGGAGCACUUACAUGUUGGAAGUCACUGCUGAAUCUCAAAACAGUUUUCUGGGUCGGACUCAGCUAUUCUUAAAAACUAACCCAGUUCCAGCGGGCAUGACGUGCCAGGUGCAACCCGACAAAGGAGUGGAGUUACACACACACUUCAGCAUCUUCUGCACCUCAGGGAAGGAGGACUUACUGUAUAAGUACAGCUUCAGUGUAGGAGACAAACCACCCAGGACACUAUACCAGGGCAGAGACUUCCAGUAUUACUUCAGCCUUCCCUCAGGUGACCCCAGCGAUGACUAUAAAGUGACUAUUUAUACAGAGAUCAGCAACGGUGCAUAUGGGUCGUACACCAAACCCUGUCCUGUCAGUGUCCAAGUCCAACCAGGUUUCUUCAGAGACAUGUCUUCUUCUUCUUCUUCCCAUCAUGAUCCUGGUCUGGAGCUUUCCGAGGAAAGUCUGAGGAACCUCUCUGUUCUAGUGCAGCUUGGGAACGGGGCUGAGAUCCGUAACUACGUCAGUCUCCUCUCCGGCAUCCUGAACAGGCUCAGCUUGGACACUGAGGCCAAAACACAGGCACACAAACACAUGCGCCAUGUGCUAAUUUGCACAGUGUGUGAGCUUGAAAGCAGCGAGGAGGCAUCAGUAGCAGACGCCAUCCACAUUCUCAAAGACCUUCUAGUAGUUACAAGACAGGUGACGCUGGUGAGUGCCAGGAGAGUAACAGCUUAUGUUCAGGUCAUCUCAGAGUCCAGAGUUCCUGACCUAUGCUAUGCUAAUGAGAUGAUACUCAACUCUCUGGUAGGCCUGCUUUCAUACAACCUUCAGGUGGCCACUAGUUAUGACUUCACACCUGGGACACAUGCAGACGUCAUUCCUGAUGCCUCUAUACUGAACUCAUCUGCGCGUCUUCACACCAAACAAGUAGGAGCAGUUCCAACAAAGCAAGUAGUGCAGCUCGUAUCCGAUAUCCUCCAGACUGCUACAGACUUGAUACUGAAGUACAUUUUGUUCAAAGAGAUCCAGGAGCACAGAGUUAGCACCGGUCUCAUCACCUUGCAUGCAGCAUCCCAAAACCAAAUCUCCACGGUCAUCAGCGGUGGCUCGGCCACUUUCCACCUGCCUGCUGCUCUGAUGCAGAUUCAGUUUGUUCGUCGGAGUAGAGACAAUGAUCCACUGUGUGUACUCAGCGUGGUGACAGAGAUCUCUCACAGCCCGUACACCUGGGCCAGCUCUCCUUUUAAAUCCUCUGCUGAUUCCCAGCUGAGUGGACCCGUGGUUGACCUCAGUCUGUACAAGUGCAGCACCAGGAGGAAGAUUCCUGUCCACUCCUUUGUUCAGCCAAUCAUCACUGAGCUGCGACAUCCUCAAAGAAACAAGAGUUCUGCGCAUGAGCACAUCCUCCUGCGCAGCCAGGUCAACUAUCACAGCUUCAACAUCACCCAGGAGCACUUGCAGCGGGCCGUCCAGCUGACUGUGGUGUUCACUCCACCGCCUAACAAGCCGUUUCCCGUCAUGUUGCUCUUCAGGAUGUUUGAGAGGCCUACUCCCAGCAUGCACCACUUGCACAAGACUCAUCACUGGAAGGGAAACACAGCACGUAUCACUUUGCCCCCAUUCUACCUUAAUACUGCAGGGAUUGGUCACUUGGCCCUGUUGAACGCUGAGUUUGGGAAAGCACCUAGAAGCAAACACCCGAGUGAACACAUAAGCUACAGUCUCACAGUUGACAGCAGUCUCUGUUUGUCCUGGGACGGCCAGCAGGGGGCCUGGACGCACCACGGCUGCAGGACACAGCAAGCAGACACGGCCCCUUCGGUCAACUGCAGUUGCCACCAGUUGAGGCCGUUGACUGUGACGAGGCAGCAGAUUGAGAGCAGCCACGGCACAGAGAGUCUGGACCCGUUCCUAAGUGCGUCCGGUGAUCUGACGGUGCUGGGUGUGCUGAUGAUGUGUCUGUGCCUCUACAUCCCGGUGUUGGUGGUGUGUAAGAGAGCCGACGCCACCUCUGAGGAGAAUCAAAUAGUUCAUCACCUUCCCGACAACUCUCCAUCUGACCCGUAUCUCUAUGCUGUCACCAUCCACACUGGCCUCUGCUCUGUGGCCGCUAUGAGUGCAAAGGUUUACAUAGUGCUGCAUGGUGAAGACGGACACUCGCAGACAAGAGAACUUCAAGUCCCAGGAUGCUCUCUGUUUAGGAGGAACUCCCAAGACACCUUUCUACUGAGCGCAGCAGACAGCCUGGGCCCUGUGUGGGGCAUCCACAUCUGGCAUGACAACUCUGGACCCUCCCCUGACUGGUACCUCCAACAAGUAGAGGUAUCUGAGGUGAACAGACGACACGUGAGGGGAAGCGCUUGGCUUUUCAUCUCUCAGUGCUGGUUAGCCGCGAACAGAGGCGACGGCCGAGUAGAGAGGAUGCUGCGCGUUUGCACUCAAAGGAUGAGCUUUGCUAAGGUGUUGUGUCUCAAGCUGUCUGCCCUGUGGUCAGACUUCCACAUCUGGAUAUCUGUGCACAGCUGCCCCCGUCCUCAUUCGUUCACACAAACUCAAAGGCUUGGCGUGUGUCUGAUGCUGCUGUUGGGGUAUGCAUGUGUCAGCGCGGUGAUCAUAUCGCAAACAGAACAUCAGUUGGAGUUGAGCUUUGAGGAUAUGUCAGACGUUUCGGUAAGAGCAGGACUUCUGAGUGUGCUGGCUGUGUUGCCUGCAGCAGCAGUGGUAUCUUUCCUGUUUCGAAUGCGUGAGGUCAAGCUGAUGGGAUCAAGAACCCAACAUGCAAAGGGAGGAAUGACUGAAAAUGACUGUUUUGAAGCUCUUUCAGUUAAUGCCAGUUUAUCUGAGUCCCAUCUCUCCUGGGGCGGCCUGCAACAGUGGGCACAUGAAGCCUGGAGGAAGAAACACCAGGACACAGACCUCCUGUCAGUUUCCACUACGUCUCUAGAAAAUAAAGAUAAAUCACCUGUAAUCCAACCAAGUGGGGUUGUGAGAAAGGAGGAUGCUCUGGCAUUUGAGAUGAGUUCGGAGGUGGCAUUUCAAAAAACGCUGCUGAUUUCUAAAGAGAGCAAUGCACCUGAGGAAAACGAGUCUGACCUUUUAACCGUGAGCAGCAGGAUUCAUGAAACACAGAGAGCUUGGCUGUCGGCUACGAGGGAAGAAGGUCGAGCCGUUCAAAAGGACAGAGUUCUUCAAGGAAAAUGUUCGCCAGACCGUGGUUUUGAGGAGGAGGGCCAUCGGCAGGCUCCUCUGCACAAAUGGAGAGAACAAAGAUUGAAACCAGCAUCUCAGUGGUGUCACUGCUUGGCCUGGUCCUUGUGUCUGUUCUCGUCCCUCUCCUGCCUGGUGCUCUGUGCAGUGCUGGGAAUGAGAUUCAGCAGCAGUGAGGUUCUGCUUUGGAUACAUUCUCUUUUCUUCUCUCUGAUGUUUUGCAUCUUCCUCAUCCAACCAGCUGUGAUUCUUACAGUGGCUGUGGUGGUCUCCUGUUGGUACAAGAGCAGACCAGACUUUCACAGUUUCUCCAACAUCAAGUUUGAUAUAGAAACAGGAGACCGGUCAAGACCAUCGGCUUUCCCUCAGAAAAGUCGCUCGUACCUUGAAAAGCGGCUUGAGGAUCGUCAGAGAGCUCGGUACCUGCGUCUUGUUCGUCCACCGACUCCAGCAGAGCUCAGGAAAACUCGUGGGAAUAAAAGAAAAGAGGCUCUCAUCCAUAAAACACUGAGGGAUCUGUCUCUCUGUGCCUCCAUGAUUUUCCUGAUGAUGUGUAUAACCUGUGGCAGCUCAUACAGAGAGCAUUACCACCUCAAUAAAGCUGUUACAAACCAGUUUAAAAGGAGCCGUGAUAAUACUUUCAUGUCCAUACAAAGUCAUGAGGACUGGUGGACGUGGACACAAACAAAUCUGCUUGAUCUGCUGUACAAGAAUGCAUCAGACAAAACUGGGCAGUCACACAUUUUGAUUGGAGACCCUGUCCUGCAGAAGAUGGAGACGUCCCACACAAAUAAGAACCAGGUCCUCACAGUGACUCUUCCAAGGACAGGUGGUCACCUGGGUCACUAUGCAGGACAAACUGCUGUAGUUUCCUUAGGCUACCAAAGGUCUGAUGCUGCGUCAAAGCUGGAGCUCCUGCAUUCAAGUGGCUGGCUGGAUGAACACACGGCAGCCCUGAAGGUCCAGUUCACUUUCUACAGCCCUGCACCCAAUUUGUUCACCAGCGUGACCCUCCUGACUGAGCAGAGCCCCACUGGUGUCCUUCUGCCAUCUGCUAAAGUCCACUCAGCUAGGGUGUAUCACACUACUGCUGUCACAAACUAUUUGGUUAUGGUCUGCCAGCUCCUCUUCCUCUUCUUGUCUCUACUACAACUCCAUCAUCAAGUGUCCAGUGUAGCACAGCAAGGGUUGAUGGGAUACCAGAGGACACCCUUAAACUGGGUGGAAGUCGGUCUGCUGACAGUGACGCUGGCGUAUUAUGUCUAUCACGUCUAUCACUCGGUCAUAAUCACCGAGGCCCGGGAGCUGCUGCAGAGGCACAAGUGCAGAGGAAGCGUUGAUGUUAGCCUCCUGGCUAGCUGUGAACAAAUUGUUCGUACUCUGCGUGGCGUUAUUCUCUUUCUUCUGACUAUGAAGUGUGUUGUUGUGCUGAGGGUGAACAGGACCUUAGCUACCUCUGCUACACUCUUAGCCCACUCACUCUCCACCUUCUUAUGGCCAACGGUUUCAGGUUUGAUCCUCAUGCUGGCGUUGUCCUGUGCAGGGAAUCUGCUCUAUGCACAAAGCUCCUGGGCCUUCAGCUCUGUUUCUCGCUCCCUUCAGACGCUACUCUCUCACCACAGGGGAUUUGGAGCCACCGGGGGCCUUCGCCUUCUCUCUGGGCGUGAUUUUGUUUACUGUGGAGUCUUUUAUCUAUCCUCCACUGUAGCGUGGACAGCAGUGGUGAUUCCCGUGGUGUCUUCAUUGAUAAGAGGAGUAAAAAGACCUCAGAGCAGGAGGAAUGUCUUCACCGUAGCAGAAUUGGCAGGCUACAUCAGACAGAGGGUCUGUGACGUCUUCACUGGGAAGCAUAGACCAGUGGGGAUAAAUAACAACGUGCAGAGGAGGACCUAUUACCUUGAGGAGUUUGAAACCUUAGUGGAUGAACUCUUGUUCCGACUCAAUGCCCUCUCCAACAGCCUGCACCACACUCUGCCUCCUAAAGCUCAUCUCUACAGAGAGGAAGGCAGUCCUGUCGUCUCACCCACACCACUGCACUCCAGCGUGAACACCCAGGACUCUGAAAGAUCACAGAUGAUGGUGAAUGACCCCAUGUAUGUCGGUGAACUCUUUCUGUUGGAUCAUGGAGAAACCUCACCUGCGUCUCACCUGCUCGGGUCGCAGGUUGAACUGGAGAUCCUCCAGGUUCUACAGCAGAGAGGCCAAUUGAAACACAACUCCCCCUUAGACACUAUUGUGGCAUCUGAUUAUGUAUUAAAGGGCAAAAACAUGCAAGAGUCAGCACCACUCGAAAGACUUUGGGCUGAAGGUGUUCAAGAGAAGCAAGGUGACAAAUGGACUAGAACAAAUGAAAGGUGCUGGUUGAGCCAAACUCAUGCCACUCAUGCAGAGGUGAUGGUGGAGGUUCUGGUCCAUGAGGAGCCUGGGAGAGUGGAUUUAGAUACGCCUUGGAGUCAGGGAUAAUGUCAUGACAGGGAGACUACGAAGAGUUCAAUGAAACACCUUAAAACCUAAAACCACCUAAAAUAAUCUGCACUGUAAGGUGUUCUACUCUUUUAAGAUGUAUCAAAUAACACUGCUGAUACUCUGUAUAGCCAAGAAUGUAUUGGUGUUUGUUUGUUUGCUAGGCUGUUGUUUAAAAAUCUCACAUUUUACAGUUGAAAUCAAAUACUGUAGUUAUGAUUAAUUAAGUUAUCUGUCAAUGUCUUCGAUGUUAUGCAAAAACGCUAAAGAAAAGCAACUUCUAUUGUUGUAAGUGGCCUACGUUUUCUUUUGUAUUAUUAUCUUAUUAGUUCUUUAAACUGCAGUUUAUCGUUUGUAGGAAUAUUGUCUUUCUGGCUGGUGUACCCAUUGUGCAGUCUGACGACAUGUCUUAAAGUUGUUGCUUUUUGUUAUACUGACUCCUGUGUAAAUAUCCAACACUGUGCAAAUAGUGAAUUGUAAUGACGUCUCGUGGCCUGAAUAUUGAGUGUAAUGAAUAGGGCGAAGAUGCCCGGAGUUGUAAUGGAGUAACUUUGUAAGCCACAAGUAAAUAAAGUUUGUGAGUAAAGUACAA